ACAGUUUAGUAGUACUUUCAUGGCGGAAAGUCUAGUAAAGAUUUUCUUCCAGACGUAACACCAGAAUAACGAAUUUAAGCGGUCACCGUCCUUUCCUUGAGAGAUUGUAUACAAGCUUAAGCAUUUCCCUUCUGUAAAAUGGCAUUAAAUAGACAGGCAAGGAAAGUUUUUGGGCUACUUCAAAGAAGAUGUAUAAGACAGAUCCAUUUUAAGAGUCAAACUUCCUUUAAAGGGAUAUCAGCUCUUGGGGUGUGGAAUGAGAGACUUGGAUUUGGUAUAGACAAUGAAGGACAGGUUGUUCUUGUGGCACAAGCUUCUCAGCGAAGUGCUGAUGGGUUUGAUUACAACAAGCUUUAUGGCCCUCCAGCUGCCCCAGAGCAAACCAUUCGAACAUCGGCAGUGAAAAAAGCAUUUAUUGACAAAGACCUCUGGAACCAGGGUCCUAGAAUAACAGGAAAUGCCCCCUGGGCUAGACCUCAGCUCCCUCGACGUGGUGGCUGUUCAGCAGGUUUCUCAUCCCUUGCUGGUGAUGGCCAAAGCAGUGGAUCAUCUUUCCCAGACUCAAUGGACCCUUCCCUUGUGAUAUUUGACAAAGAUGGUACUCUGAUAGAUCUGAAUAAUGUGUGGAUUCCUUGGAUGGAGAGUCAUGUGCAGGAACUGGAAGAGGCAACUGGUCUUGAUCUGGCUGACAAAAUGUAUGAAGAAGUGGGUUAUUGUCCUAAGAAGCGCAUCUACUCUGACGGAGGCUUGCUAGCCCAUGCGACUGUUGCUGAAAUCAGACAAGCAUUUGUCACAGUGUUAAUCAAGAGUGGUUUAGAUAGAGCAAAAGCACAGAAGCUGGUUAGCAACUGCUGUAAAGAUUUUGACAGUGGUGGGCAUGAUACCCUGGAGCCUCUGGGUGACCUCCCAGCAAUUUUUGAAACUCUGAGGGCAAAGGGUGUUAAGACUGCAGUCUGUACAACUGACAGUCGAGAAGGCACUCUGUCAGCUCUUGACAGGUUAGGCCUCAUGAGCAUGAUUGACAAAAUUGUUUGUGGGGAUGAUACAGACAUCAAACCAAAACCCAAUCCUGAAACUGCCUUGGGCAUUUGUGAAGAGUUAAAUGUUUGUCCAACUCAAACUGUUAUUGUUGGUGACACUAUUGCCGACACCUCAAUGGGUCGUUCUGCUGGGCUAGGUCUAACAAUAGGUGUUCUUAGUGGGGCUGGCAACCAGAAAUUUCUAGAAAAGGAGGCUGACAUUGUUUUAAACAAUGUGGAUGAGCUUCUAAAUACCUUAUAUCCAUCAGACUCAUCAUCUUCAUCAUCCUCCUCUUGAUCUCAAAGUAAACAAACCUGCUUAUAUAAUUUUUUGUGCAAGUCCUAGCUAAUCUGUGUCUCAUAAUUUCCUUUCAUACUCCCUGGCAAUCAAUAUGAUAUGCAAUUUUGGAAAUGAGUUAUCAAUAGCAGUUGUAAUUAUUUGUUACAUGGGAGAGUGAAGGAAGUUAAACUUUGCUCUAGUUCUAGAAAGCCUUUCUGUAACUAAAAGCACUAGCAUCAAAGAUUUAAUAUUGAAAAGUGUGUUUUUCAAGGUUCCCAAUUACUACUUGUAUCUGACAGUAACAAACAAACCCCUUAAAUGUUGUUACAUAAACAUAUACUGGACAUGGUCAACUCAUGAGAACAACAUUGAUUUGUAAAUAGUCAUAAGUGUAUAUUAAGCUUCCUCAUCAGCCUUUUUAUUUAUUACAAUUUGAACUUCUUAGUAGUUCAAGUGUGCUACAAAUAUGCAUUGGGCUCUCUUUGAUGGUUAUCUUUUGUAGUAAACUGAAUUGUACAGGCUUGAAUUUUAUAGUGAUGCACAACACCUUGAUGGUGGUUUCUGCAUAACUGAACUAGGUGGGGACUAAUUGAUAACAGAUCGCUGAAGUUUAAUCUCUGAGUAAUACAAUGAGAAUGCAUAACCUGAUUUAAGGAAAAGGAAUGAAAAUAAAGAAAAUACUGUGUAUUAAA